AUGUCCGUGGAUUUCGGCGAGCUGCAGAGGGAUAGCCCUGUACAGAGGUGUCUCGACGUCGAACCAGCAAAAAGGGGUAAUGGGAUCGGGUUAAAGACGGGCACCUGCGCGCAGAAGCAAUUCAACCAUUUCGGUAUGUACGCGCUCGCAAGCGAUGUAAAGAGCCGAAUCGCUAUCCUCGGUAUCAUUGAUGUUGUAUUUUCCAUCUGUGGAAAAGCCCUCUCGAAUCAAACUGUCAACGAUAACGACAAGUUCAGCUUUCCCCAGAGUAUGCAGAGGUCUGGUGGGCGACAAGCGCUCCUGCUCGGACGGGUCGAUGCCUUGACGCGUGCUUGA